AUGGACAUGGCGCUUGGACUCAAUCCGGGCCACUGGACGGCGGGAGGAGACAUUCAACCGCUCUUCGAACCAGAUACGGAUAAUUCGAGCCGAGAACAAAGCCUAAAUCCAUCUACUUCGCGCACGCCGAGAAAAACUAGAAAGAAGGUUGUCGUUGACGCGGAUUUUAUGAAUUGCAAUUUUUGUGGUCGGCCGAUACAGACGAAUUUCGGGAAGUAUAAGAUUUCUCGAAGCCUCGGACUGCACGCAUUUUUGCACAUGAACUGGAGGCCAUAUCGUUGUACAGUGUGCAACCAUCAGGCCAAGCAGCACGUCGGCAUUUCUUCGCGAAAAUGCCCAGACCAUAGGUGUGCGGAUCACCUAGUUAUUGAUAGGAGCAUGGAGCUGUACAAGGAUCUGAAGGCCAAAAUGAUUGAACUCUUUGAUAUCACGCCCGAUAUCGCCGAACAUUUUUCCAAGAGCUUCAUUCCGAGAGAAGGCGACGUAGUAAUCCCACGACCACCGGCACCGUUAACCCCGGAUGAAAAAAUUGUACAAGGGAUUCGUGAACGGAAUGCCGCCGCUGCAGCCAGAAAGCGGAAGAAGCGUGAGGAGGGUUCCGAUGCCGAGAUGCCGGGCGUAAAGCGAAGUAUCGAAAUCGCCGGAUUCCGAUGUGAAUACACAAUGCCUUCCGGGAUGCAAGAUCCGCCGAUGGCGUUCCCACAGCCUCUAUUUCCGCAGUUGCAAGAAUUGUAUGACGUUCCGACGACUUCUCAUGAAGACGUCAAGCCAGAGAUAAUAAAGGAUUUGCGACCUUGCGAGGAGUGCAAACAAUUGCGAGGAAAGCUGGCCGAAAAAGAAGCUGAAAUUGAGGAUUUGAAGCAACGCUUGGCCAUUGCCGAUGCGUUGCAGCAAAAUCGGGGCAACGAAGCGCACGAACAGCUGCUCUGCGAAAACCGAGAGCUGAAGCGGAAACAGGAGAAG